AUGUUUACCGGACUAGUUGAGGAGAUUGGAGUGGUAGCCGAACUCAACCCACACGAUGAAACCGGCGGUACAUCCCUAACCAUCACACUCCCCGAAUCCUCCACCCUACUCGCCGACGCCCAGCUCGGCGACAGCAUAUCAAUCAAUGGCGUGUGUCUAACGGCAACCAACCUAACUCAACACCCACCAACUUUCAAAGUCGGCGUCGCGCCCGAGACCCUACGUCUAACGAACCUAGGCUCCUUAGCUAAAGACUCACACGUUAAUUUAGAAAGAGCAGUACGCGCGGAUACGCGGAUGGGUGGGCAUUUUGUACAAGGGCAUGUCGACUCAAUCGCGGAAAUCGUCUCCGUUACCCAAGAUGGGAAUGCUUUAACAUUCCGCUUCGCGCCGAAGUCGCUGGAUACCCUGCGUUAUAUCGUGUUUAAGGGGUUUGUCGCGCUCGAUGGGACUAGUCUCACAGUUACCAAAGUCGACGAUGCGGCGGCUUGGUUCGAGGUCAUGCUUAUUGCGUACACGCAAGAGAAGGUGGUGUUGGCGAGGAAGGUGGCGGGUGAUACGGUGAAUGUAGAAGUCGACGUUUUGGCGAAGUAUGCUGAGAAGAGUAUGACGGGAUACUUGGGUGCACAAAGUGAGAAUUUGGUGAAGCCGAUUUUGGAGGAAAUGGUGGAGAAUUUGGUUGCCCAGGCUAUGGGGGGACAUUCGUAG